GGUUCCGCCUCUGGGGCCGCAAGGCGCGUGCGCCUCCGGGGCUCCGGUCGGGACGCGCCUUCUCGCUUCUUCCCUCCCCCGCCUGCGCGCUGGGUGGGCGUGGGAGGAGGCGGGGAAGAGGGGAGGGGAGCGAGGAAGCGGGUGUCGCGGGAGGGAAGGAGCGAACCGGGGAGCGUCGUUCCGAGAGGAGUGAAGGCGGCAAAAUGGCGGACCGCUUCUCCCGCUUCAACGAGGACCGAGACUUUCAGGGUAAUCACUUUGAUCAGUAUGAAGAAGGACAUUUGGAAAUUGAACAAGCAUCACUUGACAAGCCUAUUGAAUCGGUAAGAUGAUCACUGCUUAAUUUUGGGUCAUAGCUAGCUAGUUAGGUAGUGGUCGUGUGACACUCGAUGUGAAUGAAGUUAAACUUACAACUUUCAGGACAGUCUAGAGCUAUUUUCUUGCAUGCCUGACAGUAAUCAAAUAGAGUUUGGGAUAUAAUCUAAUAUUUAGUAUGUUGGGAUAUUAGUCUGAAAAAUCUAGAAAUUUAGAAUUUUUAUAAAAAAUAUCAUUUUGGCCCAUUCUGUUACAGAUAGCAGGUUAAAAGUUUAGCAUUUUUAUAAAUUGAAUAAAGGAGUAAAAUGUAUUUUGAUCCUUUAAAAGCUUCACUUUUCCUGGGCAACACAUUCAUACAAUCCAUAGGAAGAGUUAAGGACUAACACGUUUUAUUUACCAGACUCUUGUGAAAACAUUGUAAAUUUGGUUUCCGUAGUUUAAGAGAUGUCUGGGUUUUGUCAAAAGUUGAUUCUUUCUAUCUCUUUACACAGUUUAGUUUUGGAUAUUGGUACAAAGCAGUACAAAAAGGAGAUUUAUUUUUCUGACUUAAUUUUUUUUCAAAUCUUCAUUUUUGAACACUGUUUUUAUUUUGAAAACCCCUUUAUUUUCAGAUUACACAGUCCAUUGUUAAAAUGUCUAAACUUGUCAGUAUUGUCAGUAUUUAAUAUUUGUGCUUAAGUGUACAUAAUUUAAUAAGGGUUUUAGUGAGUUAUUUCAGUUUGAGUGAAAAAUGAUCAAAGAGAGAAUCUUAAUCUUUAUAUAACAGUCAAGACAUCUCUUCUCUCCCUUUAAGAAACACUAGCUUCUUCCCCUCUCUCAGGAAAAUGAGGCAAUUUAGAGAGCACAGAUAUUUAACUUUAGCUUUUAUUUUCACAACUGUAAUACAGUAAAGGAUCAACAUAUAUUUAUGUUCCUAAUUAGGUUGGUGUUGUGUGUUUGUGUGUGUGUUUAGAUGUUUACAGAAAUUUACACAACUUGGGGUGUUCGACAUUUUUCUUCCACAGCAGUUGGCCCAUAUUAGAUAAGCAGCCAUGAUCUGCCCAGUUUUUAAAGCCAGGAUAAUAUUGGACAUCGCUUACUCCAGAAACAUGGGUGGAAGCUGGGCCAGGGAUUGGGAAAAUCUCUUCAGGCAUUAUGACCCUGGACUUGUUGUGGUGAUGGUAAACUUAGCAGUGGUAAUUUUUUAUUUUCAGACUGAAUUACUCCUUUUGUCAUCAGUGCACCAAUAUGUUAGGCUUACUUUCUCUGUUGUAGCCUUCAUCCUUCUGCUUGGUCUUUUUUCAUUUUCCUUUCCUUUCCUUAUGCAACUUGUCUGAUCCUCGUUCAUUAAAGGGUAAUGUUAAGGAGGGAUGUAUCUGUUUGUGUUAGAACUACAAAAAAAAUCAGUUAAAACAUUAAAUUCUAAUACUGUCAAAAACUUGAUUUCCCCACAAUGUAAUGGGCACUAGCACUUGCUACUGCAAUUUUUAAAUAAAUUAAAACAAACUUUGACUGCCUUAGAAGGCAAAAGUACUAAUGCAGAGUUUGUAAACAGGGGUUUACAGAGGUAAUGAAUUUGUACCAAAACUUCCUUAAUUUUUGCAUAACAAAUUCUGAUAGACUAAAAAAAAGAUACCAAAACAACAAAAAAAGUGAAUUCCUUUGUCAUUAUUUUUCAAUUCUUUCAUUGGACCAUUUGUUUUUACCAGUAAAUCCCUGAUUGAGACGUUAUGAAAGUGAUACUGCACCUAGGAAGUCAUUUUUAUAACCUGUCUUAAUUUGGUCCUUUUGCUAAAGAUUGCAGUCACUGCUUAUUUAUUAUACCAUUGGGCAUAAGGUAGGGGUGCGUUUCCAUUUUGUUUAACUGGCAGUCUUCCAUAGUACCUGAAAGAAGGCUGUAUUUUUUUUUUCUGGCAUGAGAUGUUCUUCAUUUACUUAAAGUUUUUUUCACUAUAGUAAUUAUUCCUAAUUAUAUCUUAUUGCUUAUAAAGUAAUGGGAUAUUGGUGAUAAGUAAACUUCUGGAUUAGUUUUUCAUUAUUUUUUAAAGAUGAAAAGUAAUCCCACAAAUAUAGAGCAACUACAUACGAGUGGUUGCUGGUCACGUUGAAAAGUUUCUUCUUUUUUCUCCAGGACCAAACCUAGUCAUGAUCAUGGCAUUUGUUCUUACUGUUUUUAAUUUGGUUUUGGUGAUACCUCAGAUUUAUCCUGACAAAGCUCAACUUUUAGCCCAAAGGUAUAAUAUAUAUGUGUGUAUAACAAAAACAAAAACAAAACAAACAAAAAACAAUUGUUUACACCAGCCUGAGUGAAGUGAUGAGGGAAGUAAACAUUGUGUUUUUUCACUAAAGGUGUACAUCGGAUAAGGUAAGUCCUCUUACCAGUGGGCUUACAUCACAAUAAACAGCGCAAGUUGUGAUGUAAAACAGCUGUGGUAGUAAAGUGCUUGUCUGCCCCAUUUUGCUUUGUUUGGCUGGUUAUGAGUGGAUUAAAUAUACAUUUUUAAAAAUCUCCAGCAUAGAUUGAUUAGUUUAAAGUCAAUUUUCUUCGCAACUAGUCCUUUUCACAGCUUACCGAUGACUGCAGUCAGUGUUAGAUCCACUCUGGGAAAUGGGACCUCAGAGCACCAGUUCAAAAGAAACACCAUUCUCGGUUUCUAAGGGCAACUAACCGUUGCUUUUUAUUUAAGUUUUUCAUAGCCCUGCUUAACUGUAAAGCAUCUUUUGAAAACAAAAUAAUAUUGAACAUACUGAGUUGUAGUUACAGAGUUUUCUUGUAUCAUGUUUGAAACUAUGCUUUUCAGAUUUAAGUAUGUCAGAUGAGAUCUUUAUUCCCCAUUUUAAAAGUGUGUAUGGGAGGAUGUCAGUGGACAGUAAGUGAAGUAAUUUCUUGAUGAAAAGUUAUUUUAAACCUUCUGGUGCCGUAGCUUAGAAAUGCUUUGCAUUACUUAUUUAAUUUUACCAUGUAACCUGGAAUUAUCCUCUCUGGAAAGACAGUCAAGGUGGAUAGUUGGGCUUAAACUGGGAGAGGUAGGCUUGGCUGUAAGCUGUGAGAAUGGCUUGUGUUUGGUUCACUGUAGCUUUCUGGUCUCUGCACUCCAAGGCAAGAUCUCUAACCACCCAAACCUAAUGUGUAAAGUGAGCCGGCAGCGUAGGUUUGCAUCUUACCCUGAUUGUGUGUUCCUGUUACAGGGAGAACGGAUCCCAUUCCGAUUGUUGUCAAGUAUGACGUCAUGGGCAUGGGUCGCAUGGAAAUGGAGCUCGAUUAUGCUGAAGAUGCUACCGAACGGCGCCGUGUCCUAGAAGUGGAAAAAGAAGACACGGAGGAAUUGAGACAGAAGUACAAGGAUUAUGUUGAUAAAGAGAAGGCAAUUGCCAAAGCACUGGAAGACCUCAGAGCCAACUUUUACUGCGAACUCUGCGAUAAGCAGUAUCAGAAACAUCAGGAAUUUGACAACCAUAUCAACUCCUAUGAUCACGCACACAAGCAGGAAGGCACACAGGAUUAUUAUGAAUCUGAGAUAAUAGCUGAUGUAUUGAAAGCAAAUCCUUCUAAUUUGGGAGCCCAGAUCACAAGAAGAUUGAAAGAUCUCAAGCAGAGAGAGUUUGCGCGAAAUGUUUCUUCAAGAUCCCGCAAGGAUGAGAAGAAACAGGAAAAAGCUCUUCGGCGCCUCCAUGAGUUGGCAGAGCAAAGAAAACAAGCUGAAUGUGCACCUGGAAGUGGUCCUAUGUUCAGACCAACCACGGUGGCUGUGGAUGAAGAAGGUGGAGACGAUGAUAAAGAUGAGUCAGUAACGAACAGCAGCGUCAGUGCCGCUGCCGCCUGUGGUACGGGAUCCGAAUUCUCCACGGAUAAAGGAGGCCCUUUCACUGCGGUGCAGGUCACUAAUACCACUGGACCGGCACAGGCUCCUGGGCUAGUCUCCCAGGGCAUCAGCUUUGGCAUUAAGAAUAAUCUGGGUACUCCGUUGCAAAAAUUGGGAGUGUCAUUUUCUUUUGCCAAGAAGGCUCCUGUCAAACUCGAAUCAAUAGCAUCAGUUUUCAAGGACCUCGCAGAGGAAGGGCCCUCUGAAGAUGGAACAAAAGCUGACGAGAAGGGUUCUGACCAAGUCCUACAGAAGGUGGGAGACUCAGAUGGUGGUGGUAAUCUCGAUGGUAAAAAAGAGGACGAAGACCCUCAGGAUGGAGGGUCCCUUGCUUCCACUUUAUCUAAGUUAAAAAGGAUGAAGCGAGAAGAAGGGGCUGGGGCUACAGAGCCAGAGUAUUAUCACUACAUCCCCCCAGCACACUGCAAAGUAAAACCUAAUUUUCCCUUCCUACUCUUUAUGAGAGCCAGUGAACAAAUGGAAGGUGAUAACAGUACUCACCCAAAGAAUGCCUCGGAGAGCAAAAAAAGCAAUUCUCCCAAGCCUAAAGGCUUCAUCAAGGUGGUGGCGAGCCAAGGAGCAGAAAAGACAGCUAGUGAAGUCUCCCAGCAGCAGACAGAAACUGGUGUGGCUGAGCCCUCAGAACCUGGAAGCAAAGCUGAAACGAAGAAGGCCUCAGGGGGGGAUAUAAGUGAGCAGAGCUCAGAGAGUCAGAGUCAGAAGGCUUCAGAGAUCCAAAUGUGUGAGUCCAACCCUUGUAAAGAAACCUCCCAGACCGCCUCAGCCGGGAAGGAAAGCCAUGAGGGACCCAAACAUCCUACUGGUCCCUUCUUUCCAGUUCUGAGCAAAGACGAAAGCACCGCCCUCCAGUGGCCAUCGGAACUAUUAAUUUUCACCAAGGCAGAACCCUCCAUUUCGUACAGUUGUAACCCUUUAUACUUUGACUUUAAGCUUUCAAGGAACAAAGAUGCCAGAGCUAAAGGGACAGAAAAACCAAAAGACCCAGGAGGUUCCUCAAAGGACCAUCCCCAAGGCCUUGACCCUGGUGAGCCAAAUAAAAGCAAGGAAGGAGGAGAAAACACAGAGCAUUCCUCAGGAGACAGAGCAGACGCGCCUGCUUCAGGGUCUGGCUGUGUGAGCCAGAAUAAACCGGAGCCCGGUGGCAGCCAGGGCUCGGAAACAGAAGACACCGGGAGAAGCCUUCCUAGCAAGAAGGAACGAUCUGGCAAGGCCCACCGGCACAAAAAGAAAAAGAAGCACAAAAAAUCCAACAAACACAAACGGAAACACAAGGCCGAUCCGGAAGAGAAAAGCUCUAAGGUUGAGUCUGGGGAGAAGUCUAAGAAGCGCAAGAAACGGAAACGAAAGAAGAAUAAGUCAGCCCAGGCCGAUUCCGAACGGGGCCCCAAACCGGAGCCCCCGGGGAGCGGGAGCCCCGCACCCCCGAGAAGACGGCGGCGGGCGCCGGACGAUUCGCAGCGGAGGUCCCUCCCGGGGGAAGAGGGGGGCAGUGGCAAGAAAGACGAAGGCGGCGGCGGCGGCGGCAGCGCCCAGGAUCACGGCGGGAGGAAGCACAAAGGCGAGCCCCCGGCGUCGUCCUGCCAGCGGAGAGCCGGCACCAAGCGGAGCAGCCGGUCCAGUCAUCGGAGCAGACCCAGCAGUGGAGACGAGGACAGUGACGGCGUUUCAUCUCGCCGGCCGCACCAGAAGUCUCCGUCCCAGUACAGCGAGGAGGAAGAGGAGGAGGAAGACUCGGGCAGCGAGCACUCCCACAGCCGUUCGCGGUCUGACCGGCACCACUCCUCACACCGGUCCUCGCGGCGCUCGUACUCGAGCAGCUCAGACGCGUCCUCAGACCAGAGCUGCUACAGCAGACAGCACAGUUACUCCGACGACAGCUACAGCGACUACAGUGACCGCUCGCGCAGGCACUCGAAGCGCUCCCAUGACUCGGACGACUCGGACUACACCGACUCCAAGCACCGGUCCAAACGGCACAAAUACUCCUCUUCCGAUGACGACUACAGCCUCAGCUGCAGCCAGUCCCGAAGCCGCUCUCGGAGUCACAGCAGGGAGCGCUCCCGCUCCCGAGGCCGCAGCCGCAGCAGCAGCUGCAGCCGCAGCCGCAGCAAACGGAGGAGCCGCAGCACCACGGCCCACAGCUGGCAGCGGAGCCGCAGCUACAGCCGGGACCGCAGCCGCAGCACCAGAAGCCCUUCCCAGAGAUCAGGCUCCAGGAAGGGAUCGUGGGGCCACGAGAGCCCCGAGGAGAGGCGUUCUGGUCGUCGAGACUUCAUUCGCUCCAAAAUCUACCGCUCCCAGUCUCCUCAUUACUUUCGGUCAGGCCGGGGAGAGGGCCCUGAGAAGAAGGAAGAUGGCAGAGGAGGUGACGGUAAAGGGACAGGCCCACCGUCUCAGAACAGCAGUGUCGGUGCAGGGAGGGGGUCAGAGGGUGACUGCAGCCCUGAAGAUAAGAAUUCCCUUACGGCCAAACUGCUACUGGAGAAGAUCCAGUCGAGGAAAGUGGAUAGGAAACCCAGUAUGAAUGAGGAGGUGCUGGCCACCCAUAAUAAAGCUGGUCUCAAGCUCAAGGACCCCCCACAAGGUUACUUUGGGCCCAAGCUCCCUCCCUCUCUCGGCAAUAAGCCUGUCCUUCCAUUGAUAGGGAAGCUCCCGGCCACUCGAAAGCCCAACACUAAGAAAUGUGAAGAGUCUGGCUUAGAAAGGGGAGAAGAGCAAGAACAGUCAGAGACAGAAGAAGGGCCUCCGGGGAACAGUGAUGCCCCCUUUGGACAUCAGUUCCCCCCAGAGGAAGCAGCUGGCCCCUUAUCAGAACCACCUCCAGAAGAGCCAAAGUCUGAAGAAGGUACUGCUGAUCACCCUGUGGCUCCACUAGGCACCCCAGUGCACUCUGAUUGCUAUUCUGGGGACCCAGCCAUGUCCCAUAACUACCUCCCUGACCCCAGUGACGGGGACACCCUAGAGUCCCUGGAUAGUGGCAGCCAACCAGGCCCUGUGGAAUCUACCUUGCUGCCCAUGGUGCCAGAACUCGAGCACUUCCCCAGUUACGCGCCUCCCAGUGGGGAGCCUAGUAUUGAGUCAGCGGAUGGGGCUGAGGACGCCUCCCUGGCCCCGCUGGAGAGCCAGCCCAUCACCUUCACCCCUGAGGAGAUGGAGAAGUACAGCAAGCUCCAGCAGGCUGCGCAGCAGCACAUCCAGCAACAGCUUCUGGCCAAGCAAGUGAAGGCCUUCCCAGCUUCUGCUGCCCUGGCCCCAGCUGCUCCAGCCCUGCAGCCCAUCCAUAUUCAGCAGCCAGCCACAGCCUCCGCCACCUCCAUCACAACUGUCCAGCAUGCCAUCCUACAACAUCAUGCCGCAGCAGCCGCCGCCGCCAUUGGCAUCCAUCCCCACCCUCAUCCCCAGCCACUUGCGCAAGUCCAUCAUAUUCCCCAGCCGCACUUGACCCCCAUUUCUUUGUCCCACCUCACGCACUCAAUCAUCCCUGGCCACCCUGCCACCUUUCUCGCUAGCCAUCCCAUCCACAUCAUUCCUGCCUCAGCCAUUCAUCCCGGACCCUUCACCUUCCACCCUGUCCCACACGCUGCCCUCUACCCGACCCUCCUUGCCCCCCGGCCUGCUGCAGCAGCUGCUACUGCGCUCCACCUUCACCCACUACUGCACCCCAUCUUCUCAGGUCAAGACCUGCAGCACCCUCCCAGCCAUGGCACAUGAGUCGGGGGGUGAGAGCCCAGGUAGGACCAGGGAGAGUGGCCCGUAAGUCUUCCCUUGGGGUUGUCGAGCCAUUGAUGCCAGCAGGUAGAAGCUGGGACGCGCAGUGUCUGGUAGCCAAAGAGUCGAGUUUUGGCUUGCAGGGCUGGUUUUAGAUUUGAGGUUUGCUUUGGGUUCACUAUCAGGGAUUUGUUUUCCCCCCUGUCCCUCCUCCUGUGUUUCUGAGCUAGGGACCCCCAGUCAGUGCUGCGCACCCCUCUGCAGCGACAUCUCCAAACCGCCGGGUUUAGAUGCGCCCCUCCUCCCUCUCCUUUUUAACCUCUGCUCUUCCCUUCUAUGAGUUUUAAACCGUUUUCCUCCUCUCUGCCCAGCGGGCUGUCCUUCUGGUCCCGCCUUCCCGUUCUCUUUGACCGCCCCUUGGUGACUUUGUGUUAUCCGGGUGAGUUGGAAAGGGGGUCUGACCUGGAAUCAGAUGCGACUCGGGCUGUUCCUCGACCCACUCCCCACAUAGAGAGCCACACGCUUGGCACUGUUGUCCUCCUGCCCCUCGCUCCCGGAGAGACACCGGCACACCCCGGAAAGGAGACCCUGCCGCGGCGACAGGCCGUGCGUGCGGAUAGAGCCUCGCCCCUGUGCUUCCCCGGAGAGGAGCUGUGUGUCUGAGGGUGUGUUUCUUCUGUCAUGUUGAUGUUUCCUUCUUAAUUUAUAGGAUUUUUUUAAUGUAAAAAAAAUUGCACUGAACUCUAUAAACGUAAAUGCUGCUUUUUGUAGCUCAUAAAAAAGGUUCCAUAUUUGUAGUAUACUGCAAUAAUAUUUUUUACAUCCAGCUCUUUAAGUGAUCCUUGUUCUGGUGGCUUUGUGUAAAUAUGUUUGCCCUAGUUGGAUUAAGAAACUAAAGGUUAUAAAAUGGAAACAAAAAAUAAAGUAUUUGUUUUCUGCUAGAUGCAAAAAUGACUAAGCAUGUAUAUUUUAUCAAACUCAUGUAUUUUUUUGAAGUUAUGAACUAUAAAAAUGUUAAAACAAGAAAGGAACAUUGUUUAACAUUUUUGCGGGGACAAAAGGUUCACUGAUUUGCAUUAAAUGGUGCCCCCCAGCACUGGGGUCUUUUAACGGAUGGGCAUCAGUCAGCGGGGGUGUGGGGAGGACACUCGGUUAUGACAGUCUCCCUCGUGUGCUCUGCUGUUUCGUACAGAGAGCCAGGUGGGCCCCCCGGAGGAGGAGGACAGUCAAGCGCUUUAUCUGAAAGCGGAUUGAGAGUGAUGAGGGGUUCCCUGGGUGCCUUGUUCCAGGCGGUCCGUUUGCCUUCCUAGUACUUAGCCUCCUCUGACAAUUUUUUUUUUAAUGUGCCUUUUGGGUUGGCUAGAAACAAGUAGAAGUGGACUGGGGGAUGCUAGAGUUGAGACAGUUUUCUUCCCUUUUUUUGGUGGGAGGGAGCACGUUUGUAGACACUGCAAAUUCUUUGCUUCAUGGUUUUCAUGCCUUCGGCCCAGCUUAAUUUCAGCAGUGAAGAUUCCUUUUUUUCUCUUCUGUGACAUCAUGACACCUACCAGGGGAAGUUGCACCUCAAUUCCUCUCCCUCCUCCUGCCUUUCGCCCAGGCGCCCAGACCUAGGAACACACGGACCCACGGGUGUUUAACUUGCAGGCCUCGUCCUCGGCGGAGUCAGCAGUUCCCUGUUGGGCGACUCCCUGCCCGUGCUGUGACUAGGACGGUUGGGUUGUGACCUGCAGGGAAAACAGGCCCUGCUGUUCGGUUUCUCGAAUUCCCAAAAAGAAAAAGGUUUUGAGUUCAUGAGAAGCAAGUGCUGGGCAAACAAGGGUCUCGACUGACCCUCCCACUUCUUCAGUGCUCCUGUGCGCCUCAGAAGCACCGCUGUUUGGAUAACUAGCACUGGAAAAAUGAAAUCAUGUCUUUGAAGUGAAGGGACUAAUUUUUCUUUGCUCUCAGCCCAUGUAAAUAAUUUAAAUAAUACAGUAUUACCAUUUUUGUGCUGCUUCCCAUUAGCUUGUAGAUUGAGCCAUACUCUGGCUGCCUCUACCUUCCUGGGGGCAGUUUUCGUUAACUUUCAGAAUAGUGAUUUUAAAACCUAAAGAAAGAAAAACAAAGUAGCCUAUCCUUCCUUAUAAGCCUAAAAGAUUGUAUUUAACUUUAUCACAUAUGAUAGAGAUCUAUACGCUGUACAAUUAGGGAAAGGAACUUUCUAAUAAACCAAUGAUUUGUGGAAACUUA